GGGAGAGCACUUCCGUUCCCCAAUACUAAAGGUUCGGGCUCGGGUCUGAGGGAGGCUCUUGUGGUUCCGUAUCCUGGUCUGCCACCCGCUGCCGGGAGCUGUGAGGAGAGCGGGGCGAGCUCGGGCUCCACGCCAUGAUGUACAUACAUCGUAUACUUUAGGAUGCAGUGACUUACGAGGAUGUGCAUGUGAACUUCUCUCAAGAAGAGUGGGCUUUGCUGGAUCCUUCUCAGAAGAGUCUCUACAAGGAUGUGAUGCUGGAAACCUACUGGAACCUUACUUGUAUAGGCUACAAAUGGGAAGACCACAAUGCUGAGGAUCAACAUCAAAGUUCUGGAAGACAUGGAAGGUGCAUCAACUGUCCCUCUGCAUAUGGAAAGAAGCAGUGUACCAAUCUCUUUCCUAGAACAAUUAGACGAAGAUACGUAGUCACCCCCUUUGUGAGUAGAGGAGGUGAAUGUGAUACAAGUUUACAAGUACUUGGUUUUCCAGCUUCAGUGGGAAUACAUCAAAAUACUGACCUUGGAGAAAAGCCCUCUGCGGAAAAGGAACGUGGAAAACCUCCUAUCUGUCCUGGUUCACUUUGCACAUGUAGUGUGCCUCACACUAUAGGAAAAUGUUAUGAAUGCAGUCAGUGUGCUAAAGCUCUGAGUUCUUCCUGUUCUCUUCAGAGACGUGACCAAACUCAUAUGGGAAAAGUAAAUGAUAAAUGUGAGCCAAGUAGUAAAAGCUUAACCCAUCCCAGGUAUCUUCAAAUACAGAGGACGGCCUAUAAUGAAGAGGACCUCUAUGUGUGGAAUCAAUGUGGUAAAUCCUCUUUACAGCCACACCGAAGAACUCAUUUGGAAAUGAAAUACUCUGAAUAUAAUCAUGAAGAUAAACUUAUUUCACAUCAGAAUUGUAAUCAAGUAGGUAGAAUUAAUACUACAGACACAAAGCAUGACUAUCAUCAAUGGGGUAAAGUCUUUGCAUAUCCCAGUUAUCUUCAAAUAUAUGAAAGAAUUCAUACUGAAGAGAAACCCUAUGAAUGUAGUCAAUGUGGUAGAGCCUUUACAUGUCACAGUACUCUUCAAAUCCAUGAAAGAAUUCAUACUGGAGAGAAACCCUAUAAGUGUAAUCAGUGCGGUAAAACCUUUGCAUGUAAGAGAUAUCUUCAAAUCCAUGAAAAAAUUCAUACUGGAGAGAAACCCUAUAAAUGUAAUGAAUGUGGUAAAGCCUUUGCAUGCAAUAGUUAUCUUCAAAUCCAUGAAAGAAUUCAUACUGGUGAGAAACCCUAUAAAUGUAGUCAGUGUGGUAAAGCCUUUGCAUGCAAUAGUUAUCUUCAAAUGCAUGAAAGAAUUCAUACUGGUGAGAAACCCUAUAAAUGCAAUCAGUGUGGGAAAGCCUUUGCAUGUAACAGUAAUCUUCAAAAACAUGAAAGAACACAUACUGGAGAGAAACCCUAUAAAUGUAAUGAAUGUGGUAAAGCCUUUACAUGUCACAGUACUCUUCAAAUCCAUGAAAGAAUUCAUACUGGAGAGAAACCCUAUAAAUGUAAUCAAUGUGGUAAAGCCUUUGCACGUAAAAGAUAUCUUCAAAUCCAUGAAAGAAUUCAUACUGGAGAGAAACCCUAUGAAUGUAAUCAAUGUGGUAAAGCCUUUGCAUAUAGCAGUAGUCUUAACAAGCAUGAAAGAACUCAUACUGCAGAGAAACCCUUUGAAUGUAAUCAGUGUGGUAUAGCCUUUGCAUGUCUCAGUAGUCUUCAAAAGCAUGAAGGAAUUCAUACUGAAAAAAUGCCCCAGCAAUCUAAGAAAUGAAGUGUAGCCUUGUAUACUACAUUCAUUUUCCCUUCUGAGUUUUCUCAGUGGUGUUUGAUGAAGAUUAGCAGAACCAUUCGUCAUUAAAAUAUUGUCUCCUUUUCAAAUUUUAGACAUAUUGUCACUCCAAUAUAGGAAUACCAGACAAUUUGGAUAAUAAAAUCUAUUUGUGAA